UAUGUACACUGGCACUGGUACAGCCAAUGUCAAUCCAAUGUCCAUACAACUUGAACAUACAUAGUUACAACCAAUUUACAACAUCACUCCAUUACCUCCAUUUAGCAUCACACACCAAUUCUUUUUCUCAUUCUUUCUUUGCACGUAUCUUGAACAUCCUCUUUUUGAUUUAAUAGCCUAAGAUUUAAUAGACUAAUAGGAAGUUAGCCUCGUUGUCUACUCACUUUUACUCGAUUCACCUUCCUAUCAUUCCCAUACGUACUACCUCCUUGCAAAGCCUCGCGCCGCAUUCGCGUCGCAUAACAUUUAUAGAGCGUUUUUCUCUUCUUCGACAAAAAUACCUAUUCUUUCUUAAUUGUUCAUCAACCUCAACGAAAACCUCGUAGCGAAGCCCGCUUUUUAUCAGUAUGGCUGAUGUAGACGAUGAACUCCUAGCCCUUGUGGGCGGCGAUGAGUCCUCCGAUGAUGAGGCAGAGCAAAAUAUCGGUACAAGUCGUUCUCUAUCUGGAUCGCUAGGUCCCAACACCUCAAGCAAUUCAAAGCAAAAGACCAAGAGAAAAGAUGAUGAUUCAGAUCAGGAAGAAGGCGAGGCUAGUUCCAUUGCUUCUCCUGCAUCGCAGAAUUCCGCGCCGAUGGACGAGUCAGAUUCGGAAUCAGACGCUUUUCAAACUACCAAUACCAACGGGAAAAUGGAUGACGAUGACGAUAACAAAUAUCCCGUCGAGGGCAUUUAUGCCAGCGAAGCAGAAAAAGAUGAAAUUCUAGCUAUGCCUGAGCUUGAACGAGAACAGCUGCUUGCCAGACGUCAGGAAGAAGUCGAUCGCCAGCGACAGAACACCUUACUGCGUCGAUUGUUAAAGACAAGAGAAGAUGACAGUCAGUCAGCUAAGAAACGUAAGGCUAGCUCCGCCGACCUCGAUGAAACUCAACGAAAGACCUCACGACAACGAACCAGAGUUGGUGGCUCAAAAGUGGGCGAAACCAGUGUGGGUAUUGAAUCAUUGCGUCGUGCUCGAGCCGAAAAGAACGAUCGCUUGCGUCGCAGAGAAGAAGACAGAGAGCGCAAUAAGAAGACACACUCAGCCUCCCGUGGCAGUGACCGUGAUGAUGGUGAUAGUGACAUUGACUGGGCUGGACGAUCUCGCGACCGGCGCACUAGAUCACGCACUCCUGAAGUCAAGGAAAUUCCACCUAGCGAUCUACAUGACAUCGAGCGCUUACGAAUUGGCCGUAGCCGCUUUGCUAGAGUCUGCUUCUAUCCUGGAUUUAACGCGGCUCUUACGGGCUGUUAUGCCCGAAUAGCUCUAGGACCAGAUAGUGAGGGUGUCGAUGUUUACCGAGUAGCCCUUAUCAAAGGUUUCACUCAAGGAAAGCCCUAUGCCAUGGAGAAGGAGAAUGGCCACCACUUUGUCACGGACCAGUACGUGAAGGCCGCGCAUGGUAAGGCCGAAAGAGACUGGCCAUUCAUCAGUUGCUCUGACAAGAAAAUCACUGAGGCCGAGUUCAAGCGCUACAAGGCGGUUUGCCAAGACGAGGGUGUCAUCAUACCCAAGAAACCAAUAUUGGAAGCUAAAAUCGACGACAUCAACAACCUUAUGCAUCGUUCCUGGACUGAAGCUGAAGUUAAUGCCAAGAUUGAGCGAGAGCGAACCCUGCGUGAGAAGUUCGCCCCAACAGAACGAAACCGACUGUUAGACAUGAUUGAGGAAGCAAGGCGUCGUGGCAAUGAUGCCCGUGUCUCGGAACUCCAAAACCGGCUCGACUCCAUCGAGACUCCACGUCUAGCUUUUAGAACCAGUCUAGCACCAGCCCCGAAACCCACGAGCUUGGUACCUUCUCAACAGGAUCGUCUAGCAGCUUUGAAUGCUGAGAAUCGCCGACGCAAUGCAGAAAAGGUCCGCAAAGCACAGAUAAUGGAGAAGGCCAAGUCACGCAUGCAGGCGCGCCAACCACGACGCGGGGAAAAUGGUGAGUCGACACCGGCCAGCGGUGGCAGCCCAUCACCAGGAAACGGAGCCUCGAAGCAAUCAGAUGCUGCGAAAGCGCCUCUUCUACCCCAUUUGCAGAAGCUACAAGCACAAAACCACCUUGCAGGGAAGGAUAAGAAAGGGGUCCCACAGAUCCACAAGCCAAUUGGAGACGAUGACAUUAUUGCCGCACUAGAUCUGGAGAUUGAUGUUGAGAUCGAUUAGGCGCAACAGGCGUUGGAGGCAUCCAAGAUAACGCGGGUUUCAGUUUACCACCGUGCCCCAGGAACGAACUCACGGAUUAAGUGCUUGAACAGUUGCAUGGCUUGGGAACUUGGAAUUAACAAUAAUUGAUGAGGGGUGGCUGCUUAACAGCUAGUCUGACUCUGCUCUGUGUAGGUAGUAUCCAGAGCCAGAUCAAUAAGUUGAUGGCAUCGGAAGAGAGCAAGAAUACAAAUCAUAAUGAGAGUAGCCCUUCGUAGUUAUCUUGUCAUGUGGAUGAUUAAGUAAUUUGUCGUGGAUUGUGCUCAAUGAAAAGGGGACAUCCAAUUCAACGGAGCAUGGCCAUUAUUUGGGUACGUACAAUCAUACAUACCUAUACCGCCAAACUUGAAUAGUUGAGAGACCAACGUCUGUCAGGAAAUUCAUGAUAACCAACGCCGUAGUAUCUACGCGAAGGUCGAGCUCCACGGAGUACCCCGGAGCGCCGCCGUGGUGUACCGUGGCGACCGGGAUCAGCCUACUUUGUUAGGAUAAGUAUGAAUUCGAAGCUCUGGGUGAUAAAGCAGGGACACGAGGUGUCUG